AAGAAAGUUGAAUUCAUAACUAACCGAAAACAAGAACCAAAAGUUCAAGGCCCAAGGAACAACCAGGAUAGGACAAACCCCAAGAGAGCCCUAAAAUCCUGCUAUCAAGCGGGGCACAUGUGAUGGUGGGAAAGAUUGGGCUUCAGACGGCCUGAAACCCAAUUGAUGGAGAAAAGUCAAAACAGUUCUUGAAAACCCAAAAUAAUUCUGAAAAUCUUUUCAGGAAAGGCAGAGCUGAUUAACUGAGUUGAGAGAGAAAAUGGCAGCAAUAACAAGCGCAGUGAUAGCAAUAGCAGGAGUGGUAUUAGGAUGGAUAGCAAUCGAGAUCGCUUGCAAGCCUUGCCUCGAGAAAGGCCGCGAAGCCAUCGACCGAUCUCUGAACCCUAAUUACGACCCCGACGACGAUAACGACAACAACGUUCGAGCCCCUCUCAACCCAAGCCCAGAUCUCGAAUCUAAGGCUGACAAUGACACCUCUCCUUCCACUUCAAUCAAAGCCGUUUGAUGAUCGCUUCAAAAUAUAUCUUAUUCUUUGUUUCUUUUUUUUUUUUUUUUGGUAUUGUCUUUAAAUAAAAAAGAGUUGGGUAAUGUUGUAACUUGUUCUUUCUUCCUGUCUUUCUUUUUGGUAAGAACUUGCGCCAAGGUGACGGUGUUGAUGUCUUAAGGGUGUUUCUCUGUUGAUGCUUGAUUGAAUGAAUGAAUAUAGCUUUGGUGAUCCAUUCUGGUAUA